UCUAACCGGCAUGCAUCUCGCGGUGAUCACCAGUGAUCGAUUCUGCGCAGAUUUUGCUAAUCUCAUACACAAGCCUAAUCAAGAAAAGAACUGUGAACUCUUCCGCAUAAUGGAGUCAGUCAUAAAAAUGAAUCAAGGAGAUACUAAAUGGGAUAUACGCCAUAAAGUAUGGAACUACAUUGAAGUGAAAAACCUGGCCAGUUUCCCUCGACCUGUGCACAACAGAAUUCCCAAUUUCAAGGGUGCACUGGAGGCAUGUGAAAAGGUGCCACUGCUAGAAAUCUUCACCAAAGCUGCUGUGGUCAAAGUAGAUCCUGAUAAACCACUAGAGGGGGUUAGACUAGCUUCUCUGCAGGCAAGAAAAACAUUGCUUGUUCCAACACCUCGGCUAAAAACUGGAUUAUUUAACAGGAUCAUUACACCAAAAGGUGCAACCAAAGAAGAACUGCGUGUUUGUUCUACGUCUCAGGGUCUUAAAGAGUUGAGUGUCCCGGUCGGUUUAGAUGACAAAGUUCAGGUGGAUCUUGUCAUAGUUGGAUCAGUGGCUGUAUCUGAUAAAGGCUACAGAAUUGGAAAAGGUGAAGGCUUUGCAGACAUGGAAUAUGCUAUGAUGGCAUGCAUGGGAGCCGUAUGUGAAUCCACUGUGGUCGUCACCAUUGUUCAUGAUUGUCAGGUUA